AUGUCCUACAACCGAGGCGGCCUGUACUACGGCCCGCGAUAUACCGGUUCGUCUGGCUCGGACAAACGAAGUCCACCCGAGCCCACACCCGGUCAACUGAGUACCAGUGGCGGAGGACUGUACUCGAGCUCCCAGCGAAGAGACUACUACGGCGCGUACCGCUCUGGCAGCGGGUCCAAUGCUUCUAGUGGCAGCUCAGGCCUUGCGGGAAACUCUGGAAAGUACUCUAAGUACGGGCUGGACCGCGACCGUGAACGUGAACGGGAUCGUGAUCGCGACCGUGAUCGCGAGCGGCGCCGUUAUGAAAGCUAUCAGAAGCACCUGCAACGAUACGACCAGCGUUAUGACAAAUAUUACGGAGGUGGAACUGACUCUUACAAACCACUGCGACGGCGGAGAGGGGGCCGAGACGACCGCAGACGAGAAAUUCGAGACGACCGCCGAGACUCUCGAGAUGAGCGACCUAAGGAGAGUGAGCGCCGUGAAGAUGGUCGAGAUGACCGAAGGGACUCCAGGGACGAACGACGUGACUCUCGCGAUGAUCGUCGGGAAAACGUGGAUGAACGCCGUGGCCUGAGAGAUGAGCGCCGCGACAGCCGUCGUGACGAUCGCCGAAACUUGGAGAGACGAGACUCGAAGGAUGGGAGCAAGGACCAACGUGACUCUCGAUCUCUUAGUCGAAGAAACAGUCAUGUCGAGCCCCGAGACAGAGAACAAACUCGAUCCAAAUCUGAAGUUCGCGACAAUAGUUUCGUGGAUCUCCCCCAAAAAGCACCACACGAAGCUUCAAAUGCAUCCACGUUACCUCGCGGACCUUCGGCAAGUACCACUUCACAAGCCAACACUUCGAAGGCUGCGUUCAAGUUGGGUGAUGAGCCUGAAAGACCAAGCUUCCCAGCAGAACCGAAGAAAAAGCUGUUCAGUGAAUACAAACUGUUAAAGCAAAAGAUGGUGACUGAGUCGGCAACCCUGGUCGAGAACUUGUCCUCCCGCUCUGCGUCGAAUGACAAGCCUGUGUCAGUCAUAGAGGAUGACGAGGGAACAAGUUCUAACAGUGUCGCAACAAAGCAAACAAAGCUGCCUGCAACUUUGGAAAAACACGACGGCAACAACAACUUGUUAAAACCAAACGACAAUUCUAAAAUUGCGCCUUCGGGUAGUUUGUCCAAAUCACCUGUGGAGCAGUCCGCAAACGCCAAAGAUACAAUUAAACACGUUGAGCCCGCGAAGCCAAAACUGUCACUGGAUGAUCUUAUUGCUAAGGGCUUACAAGAGGCUUCGUCCAAAGAGCUGCAGUUGUCAACCGAGCAAAGGCCUUCUCCGCUAUUAAAGCCAAUUGUUGAUUUGGCUAAUAUCACAGAAGCCGCCAAGUCUUCGAAUUCUGAUAAAGAUGAAGAGGAGAAAGAGAGAGAGAAGAAAACAGAAGAGAACAAAGAGGUUGUGAAGAAAGAGGAACUCCAGAAAGAGGAACUUCAGAAAGAGGAACUUAAGAAAGCGGAACUUGAAGAUUCAAAGGACGAAGGCAUGAUUGAUGACUCAAGGGAUAAGUUUGAAGUACCACAAUCUAAGGGCAAAGAGGAUAUAGUUAAGGAGGAGGAAAUGUCGACCACAAAUGAAGUUGGUCAAAACCUUCCGGAUAGUCUCGAAUCAGCAGAAAAGACGCAAAUGACUCCAAAACGCGUCCCUGCCACGCCCCUCAAGAUUGACUCCUCUUUCGAUACACUGACGUUGUCCCCCGUCAAGGAUACUCCCAAGCCGGAUCUGUAUUUCCAUGCUUUGGGUACUGGUGUUCUUGACGCCUCCUCGAAGCCCGAUUUGAAGAAGCACAUACUGGAACCCACAAAACAACGGGAUGUCGUGGACUCUGAUACCGAGACGGUCGCUGGCGAUUCUCCUCCUCACUUUGACAAGGCUAAGCAGUAUAUCCGCAAAAAUGAGAGUGAUAGAUCCCGUCUCAAACGCAAGCAUCGCAAUGUUUUACCUGACGAGGAAAGCUUUGGGGAAGUUGACGACGAAGAUGAAGAUGAAGGCGAAAAUCCCUCGUUGAACAAGAGACCCCGCCCCGCUGACGCUCGAUCUCUGGAGAGCUUGGCCACAUCAAAGCCGUAUAAAAUCAAGCGUGACUCUGGUGGAAGAACCCUUCUUCAACGUGCUUGUAAAAAAGGGGACUUGCGACUCAUCAAGGAAUAUCUUGCUCGUGGAGCUGAUGCAAACGAAAAAGAUUUUGGUGGUUUCACUUGUUUGCAUGAAGCAGCGCUUGAAGGUAACACUGAAGUUGUUGAACUUCUCUUGAGUCACGGGGCCAAUGUAAACGCCAAAGCUGACGCUGUGGGUGCAGGUGAGACUCCUCUUAUUGAUGCUGCCGAAAAUAAGCAUCUUGAGACUGUCAAGUGUCUUUUGCGGCAUGGAGCUGAUCCCACAAUCUAUAACAUUGAUGGCCUUAAUGCGUUAACGAAAAUUCUCAAUGAUCACGGUGACGAAGACGGUUAUGAGGACAUCGUUGCUCUUCUUGAAAAGGCAAUUGAAGAGCGGCCUCAACAAGAAAUUGUGGCAUCAGCGGAAGCCGCCGAUACAAGAGCUGAUGCUCCUCGACAAGUUAUUGAUGAUCCUCAUGACAUGUAUUUUGCUGAUUUGCUUCGUAAAAAGCAAAUAUAUAAGUACGCUGCUGAAGGUACCAAGGAGCAAACGGCAACAUAUUUCGUCCAGGGUAAUCUGCUUUCUGCUAAGCCUGACAUUCUCUUUUUGGCAGCAAGAAAUGGUCAUUCGGAACUUGUUGAUAUCAUCCUUGGGUUGGAUCUGCUGGGUUUCGAUUUGGACACGGAAAAUGAUUGUGGCACUACGGCCUUAUUGGCGGCGGUUGGACGUGGUCAUCUAGAUACCGUUGAGCUGCUUCUUUCUAAAGGAGCUGAUCCAUUCAAGAUUCGCCAUUCUGAUAAUCGGAAUGCUCUCCAAAUCGCCCAAACUGCUAUCAAGUACGACCCUAAGGAAGUUGUUUUAAUCCAGCAGUAUAUGGAUAAGAAGAGACCCCAGGUUCCUCUGCGGAGUACCUCGAAGAAUUUCGUACGCGCCCAUAUGAAGAGCCUGCUGCGCGCACCUCUGAUUGCUCCAAGUGAUGAUGAGGAAGAUAGCAACAACGAUGAGGAUGUUAAAUCUAAGAAGCACGGGCAGACUAUUGAGCACACUCGUCAUGAAGUUAAAUCGGAGGAUGUGAAGCCAAAUCUCGACAAUGAGAGUCAACCAAGUGGAGAUGAAAGUAAUGACGAAGAUGAAGAAGAACAGUUGAUAGUUGUACGCAAGCGUAAGCUGAGGGAUCGUGAUCAGAACGACGGUCGCGAAGCUAAGCGAUCGCGACUGGAGACACUUUCCAAGGAUGAAGCAUCACCUCCUAGACGCGUGGCCACUGCACCUACUGGGGGUUCUUUACUGCCACAACCCCAAUCAACAGCACAGGGUUUAGCCGCUGAUGACCGAGAGAAGCUGGCCCUGCCGUCUCCUCAUCCGGAGCAUAUUCCUCGCGAACGUGACGCCGAGCAGGCCCGCGCCUGGCAGCAAAAACAAGAAGCGAAGAAGAAAGCUAGACGAGACAUGUUCCUCAAGGCCGAGCGUGAAAAAGAGCGUUUACGCCAACAGGAGAUCGAAAUGAAGCAUAAGGAAGAGCAACGUGUUGAGGAAGCUAAAUCGUUGGAGCGUGAGCGCCAAGCUCAUGAAGCUGAGCAACAUUGUAAGCUUAUCCAGGAAAAGCGUCUCAAGUUGCAGCAACAAUUGGUGAAAGAAAACUACCCGGAGGGACUUCUCGCUGCACUUGGUUUUGACGGUACUGUUGGUGAACGUCUAGAUCGGUUUGGACCAUUGUACGUGUUUGAGAAGGGGGAUAAGCGCUAUGUGGUUGAUUUGCAAUUGGCGCUUAUGUUUGGACUUCCUGUGUCACUGAUUGAUGUUGAAAACAAAUCUCCGUUGCAGACUGAGGAUAAACAGCGCAUAUGGAGAUUUUUCUACCGAAUUAUUGGUGGUUCCGACUCAAUUGAGGAAGGUUGUGUCAAGUUUGGCCAUUUGCUUACGCAUUUUUUGCCUGAAACUGAGGUAACUAAAUGGGCCGAUGAAAAUCUGGUUUCAAUCAAGCAAUCGUUGAAGGUUGCAGUGGACUUGAAUAAUUUGGAAUUGCCACGAGAAUCCAGAGCGGUGGUGGUCGAUCAAGGUGAUGAUGACGAUGUAAUUGUUGACGAAAAGGCGGUGGAAACAAAUUGUUUUGUGCCACCCAAUUUGAGGGGAAGAAAGGAUGCAAUGAAGGUAUUGCAAAUGGUUACGAUGCUGUUGUGGUAA